GAUUUUUAGAGCCCUCUCCACUCUAGCUCACAGCAUUCCGUGCAAUACACACACACACUGCGCUGCUGAAUCCUGAAUUGCUACUACGUCAUGUCAUUUUUUUUUUUUCUGAGGAAAACCCCGCAAAAGAAACAGGUUCCUGCAGAACGCUGACAUUUGACUCCACAUGGAUUAGUGCCUACGUGCAGUGAUAGCUGAUUGGACCUCCCGGUGGCAUGAUUGCUCAUCAUCAUCAUCGGAGCUCAUAAAAGCCUCAUGCUGCAGGGCGUGAUCAGCGUUUUCACAUCGACUCUGAGAUAGCCCUCUCACUUGACAGUGUGAUCUGCUACCCUCCUGCUUUGACAACUGCGAUUGACCUGCGAUCUGCACUACAUCUGUGAUCCUCUGAUCCAGAACUUGUACACUACACACACAGAUACAUUCAUUCAAUUGUGAACACACAUAACCAACUGAUCAACACAUUUCUGAUUCCGUACAUACACACGCACACACACACACACACACACACACACACACUUGAUUAUUUUAGUAGGUGUCUGUCUACUGCUUCCAAGGUAAGUUGAGCUAUGUAUGUAUUUGAAGGCUGAGGCCAGAGUAGUGUGGCUUUUGAGUCAGAGUGAUUUGUAUGAUUUCUUUGUGAAUGUUGAAUUAAUUUGUUUUGGUUGUUUGUGUAUGUUUUUAGAUGCCCCGUGCCAAGUCCCACCGGUGUGCCCAGGCCAUGAAGAGGAGGAUGGCGACGGCGCAGACUUGGACACCCCUGCCACCUGUCCCCGAGUUUCGUGCUCGGCGUGGUACUGGUUACCACCAUCGUGUGCGGAGAUGGCCAACUUCGGAGCUGACCCAGCGCAGCUUCAAGUUGGUCACUCCAGCUCAGCAUCCAGAGAAGCAGCACGUGUUUGUUGUUGGAGACUCCCACCUGCCCGCCAUCGUGUACGGGUUAGUGGCCAUCCCGGAGGGCUGUCUGUCUUUUGGUUUUCAGUCUGUUCCAGGUGCAGACGCCAGGGAGCUGAGGACGGAGGUGCUGCGUGCUGCUGUUCCGUGGACCCUGGAUGCCGUGUGUGUGCUCGCGCUGAGCAACAACCUCACUGCCAGCAGGACCAUCAGUGAGGCGGCGUUGGACUUCGGUGUGCUCCUGACCACCGUCUGCAGCCACUGGCCCAAGGGAAUUAAUGAAGAAAUGGUUGCGCACUUCCCAGUCCAUCGGUUGGAGCUGUGGUGCCAUGAUGGCGUACACCUCAGCGACUCCGAUGGCAUGCCCAUCCUGGUGCAGCUGCUGUGGAACGUGGCCUACCUCCAGCUGGCACCCCCUCCGCCCGCGCCUCUGGUGUCUCCCCGGAGAUCGUCGGGUGGCCGGGUGUCCCCCAGUCUGGUCGUGACGGGGCACGUUCCCGUGCCGCGUCACAGUGACCCCAGCGAGUGGGCGGUGGUUGGACGGCAGGGUGGACGGCAGGGCAAGGCUGGAACAUCUCUGGUGGGACAGUCUGUCAUCCCGUCCAACCCUGUGUGGUUCAGCAGUGGCAUGUUGGACGCCAUGGAGAAGGUUUCCCCUUCUUCUGGCUCUGGCUGCCCUGCUGAUCCGCCAGCUGGGCAGACCUUCCGUGUGAAGCAUCAGCCGAGAGGUGUUGCCACAACGCGCAGAGGACGAAAGUGGCAGCCUGGCCCAGCAGUCCAGGAGGUGCAGGUCACAGCCCAGCUGUCCGUGGAGGUGGUGGAGGAGGUUGCUGCAGCGUGCCUUGCUGUGCCGAUGAAGUCCGCCGUCCAGGAGGGAACCCGGAUGUCACAGAGGAUCGGCACAGAUAAGGAUGUUUUUAUUCCUUUUGUUAGUGUUCCUGAUGUUAGUGCAGUUGUGUCAGAGUCAGACAGUCAUGUUGUGGCAGCAGAGGGUAGCAGAGGGUUCAGGCUGGGGAAGGUUGUGAGGGGAACGUUUCACCAGGGAGAUGAGCGGUUUGUGUAUGGAGGGCGGCAGUGUAUGGCUAUAGCUUUGGCCAGCUUAGCCAAACACACGCUGAGUGUGUUGUCGUGGGAUAGGUUUGAUGUUGAUAGCGUGUUGGUUGUAGGUGAUGAGUUGUACACUAGUUUGCGUGACCUGAACAUUUUUAGCCACGAAUCAAAUCUGCUCUGCUCUGUUGCAGAUUUGCCAAAGCAGUUUGAGGUAGGUGAGCAGUUGUUUAGCUUUAGCCACGGUGACACAGUGUUGGGUGAAGUAGGCGUGACUGAGGGUGAACACAUCGAAAGUGGUGUGUUCAUCAGUCUGAGAAAUGGACUGGAGAGGAUCUUCAGACAGUAUAGUACAUGUAUUAUGACACUGUGUGGGAGUAGUUCUGUCAUCAUUUGUGAGGAUGGACGGUUUGCUGUGGUAGACAGUCACUCGCGUUGUGACAUUGGGUUAGUGCAUAGUGAUGGUAAAAGUGUGGUGUUGCAGUUUGAUUGUCUGGAUGAUCUCUAUGGAUACAUCUGUUGUUUGGCAGACAGUCUCAGUUCUAGGCAGAAGCUCUUUAAGCUGUGUGGCGUCAGUGUCAGUGAGGGUGCAAGCCCAAUGCUGUCUUGUGUUUCUGUGGAGAGCUGUAUUACUGAGAUGAGUACUGCUCCAGUGGCAGUCUAGUGAUGUUUCUGAGGCGAGGGUAAAACACAUUUCCUCAGGAAAUUGUGUGUCUGAGUGUGGUGUUGGUGUAACUGUAAGUCCAGCACUGUCUGGCAUUUCUGUUGUGACUUUA